CGGACCUUGAAGUCGUGUGCGCUGUUCCCAGACCUCCCGCUGUUCGUGUGCCUGCCGCCCAGGCCAUGGCUGCCAACGGGACAGAGGCCACUGCCAGCGGCCACAUGACUGCAGAAGAACCGGUACAGCAGCCCAGUGUGGUGGACCGUGUGGCCAACAUGCCUCUCAUCAGUUCCACCUGUGACAUGGUGUCCGCGGCAUAUGCCUCCACCAAGGAGAACUACCCCCACAUCAAGUCUGUCUGCGACGUGGCCGAGAAGGGCGUGAAGACCCUCACGGCGGCCGCCGUCAGUGGGGCCCAGCCCAUCCUCUCCAAGCUGGAGCCACAACUUGCGUCUGCCAGUGAGUACGCCCACAAGGGGCUGGACAAGCUGGAGGAGAACCUGCCCAUCCUGCAGAAGCCCCCCGAGAAGGUGCUGGCAGACACCAAGGAGCUCAUCUCGUCUACAAUGUCAGGUGCCCGAGAGAUGGUGUCCAACACCGUGUCCAACGCCAAGGACACCGUGGCCACCCGAGUGACGGAGGCAGUGGACGUGACCCGGGGCACCGUGCAGAGCAGUGUGGACAUGACCAAGUCUGUGGUGACCAGUGGUGUCCAUUCUGUCAUGGAAUCCCGCAUGGGUCAGAUGGUCCUGAGCGGGGUCGACACGGUGCUGGGCAGGUCGGAGGAAUGGGUGGACAACCAUCUGCCCAUGACGGACGAGGAACUGGCCCACAUCGCCACGUCCCUGGAGGGCUUUGACAUGGCCUCAGUGCAGCAGCAGCGGCAGGAGCAGAGCUACUUCGUGCGCUUGGGCUCACUCUCGUCACGGCUGCGCCAGCACGCCUACCAGCACUCCCUGAGCAAGCUGCAGCACACCAGGCAGAGGGCCCAGGAUGCCCUGCUGCAGCUGUCACAGGCCCUCAGCCUGAUGGAAACUGUCAAGCAGGGAGUAGAUCAGAAGCUGGUGGAGGGUCAGGAGAAGCUACACCAGAUGUGGCUCAGCUGGAACCAGAAGAAGCUCAAGGAGACCGAGAAGGACCCAGCGAAGCCAGAGCAGGUCGAGUCCCAGGCACUCACCAUGUUCCGGGACAUUACCCAGCAGCUGCAGGCCACCUGCGCCUCACUGGCAUCCAGCCUCCAGGGCCUGCCCACCAACGUCAAGGACAAGGCCCAGCAGGCUCGCCGCCAGGUGGAGGACCUCCAGGCCACCUUCUCUGGUAUCCACUCCUUCCAGGACCUGUCCAGUACCAUCCUGACCCAAAGCCGUGAGCGGGUCACCAAGGCCCGCGAUGCCCUUGAUGAGAUGGUCGAGUACGUGGCCCAGAACACCCCCAUCAUGUGGCUGGUGGGACCCUUCACCCCCGGGAUCACUGAGAAAGCCCCGGAAGAGAAGAAGUAGGGAGAGGAGGGGGCUUGGGGGCUCCGUCCCUUCCCGGGAGCCAGCUACAGCACUCGAUUCCACCACCAGCAGCUCUUUUGGGAAACAGCUUUUCUAACCACUCAUCCCAGCUGCCAAUGUGAGAAGCUAAGGUUCUCAAAACUGAGGCCCAACUCAGCUCAUCCCCUUCACCCUCUCUGAGCUUGGAGGAAGCAUGUUCUGAGCCUCCCCUUCUGUCAGCAAUUAGGGUGAAGUUUCUAGAUACCAGGUCCCCCCAAAUUUUGUUUUGUGAAAAAUCAGGGGUGUGGUUCUUAUAUUCUUCCUUUUCUACUUCAAGGCCCCAGGUAUUAGCCUUAAGCUAAUGGAACUUCAACUUCCCAUGUGAGAAGUGGCCUCCCGGGGGAUGGGGGGCACAAUGAAGCUGCUGAGACAUAUUCUAGAGCAGAAAGGGGGGGGGGCAGCCUGCCCAGCAUGUUCAAGUGCCUUGAUGCUUCCUUCCAGUAUUGUCUUAAUAAAUUACA